ACCCCGUGUGGGAGGAGGCGGAGCCUGCGGGCUUUGGGCGCGAGCUGUUGAAAGGCGGUUGGCGUGGGUUCGGUUGCCCGGUCCUGUGCGGCGGCCCCGGCGCAGCCCCAUGGCCGACCCCGAGGAGUUUCGGGCUUCGCCGCCGCCGCCGCCUCCCUCGUCGCCGUCUUCAGGCGCCUCUUCGUCGUCUCUCAGCAUGCCCGUGAGUCUGGGCUGGCGGAGUCCGAGCCGAGGCCACGCCCCAGCGGCGGACCCCCUGGAGCAAGUGGAGCUGCAGAUCGGAGACGCAGCGUUCUCAUUAACGAAACUUCUUGAAGCCACGUCCGCGGUAUCUGCUCAGGUGGAAGAGCUUGCCCUGAAGUGUACAGAAAACGCACGCUUCCUGAAGACGUGGCGGGACCUCCUGAAAGAAGGCUAUGACUCCUUGAAACCCGACAACUGACUCGCAGAUGUGGUUGGUUAGUGACUCACGCAUAAGAUAUUUGCACAUGGACCACAUUUAUGGGGCUGCCUGUCUCUAGACAUUUAGACUGAGAAUGAAAUUUCUCUUGGUGUUAUUGACUUCUGAGAGAGCUUGACUUGUUUGAUUCUUUUCUCUGUUAGGACAGUGUUUACCUUAAAUGCUUUCUGUCCUGUACACUUUUGUAGACUCCUUUAUGGAAGCUAAUUCCAUCAGUAAGUAAUGGAUUUUAUUAGUGCCUCAGUGCAAUCAGAUCAUUAUUUGGGUUUUGAGAAGACGCCACAGUUGGCUGAGUUUGGAGUUGAGCUUGGUUUGUUCUCUAAGGCAGUUGAUGACACUUCAGGUGGUGAAUCCAGGUCUAGGACACCAACUCGGAAGCCAGUAAUGGUGCUUUAUUUACUUCCUUACCGAGGCACCCAAAGCCAUGUCACACAACACUCAGUGUCUGUGACUAAGACUUGAUGAGUUUGCUUCCUAUUUCUUAGGAAGAAGACUAAUUGUUUCUUUGAGAAAACUGUAUGAAUCUAAACUUCAUUAGCUUGAAGGAAAAGUAUUCUUUUUUUUUAAUGGGAAUUUGAGGUUUUUUUCUGUCUUGAGACAAUCUCACUCUGAAGCCCAGGUUUCUGUCUUAGUCUCUUUGAUGGCAGGACUACUGGAGUUCAACACCAUACCCAGUAUAGGCUUUUGAAUCUUAAUGACGACUUUUAAAAAAUAUUCUUCCCAUUCUGUGAUCCCACUUUUAAAAAACUUUUACUUCAUGAAAUGGAAACUUUUGUAGAAUACAUACAUUUGUCUAUUUUUUUUUUUAGUUAGCUUCUUUCUUGGUUAAUAUCUCUCUUGUUAGUGUUCUAUAUGUCUGAUUUCUAUCUUUGAAAUAGAUCUUACCAAAUCUAUAUGGCACUAAUGGAACUUUGUAAGUUUUUUACAUUAUUCUAAAAUUAGUUUGUUUCCAGUGUAUCAAAUUUAACUGUUUCAAUGGGUUUCAUAUCAGUUGAUCUUACUGUUAGGGUUCUAAUGUACCUGUGCUGUAUUUUAUGUAAUUUGUGCCAUCUGUUAUCAAGCCAUGUACUACCUUGAUACUUGUGACCUUUAAGUAUCUUUGAUGUGAUGUCUGUGUAGAUACGGUGAUGUAAACAGAAUUGUAUUAAGUCUCACAGUGGAGCUGUGAUAGGGGACAAACGGAUGGGCAAAGACUAGUUUCAACAUAGUCAUAGUUAAUGAUUUUUUAAGAAGUUGUUUUUAGUUAAGAUCACACAACAUGUAUGGUCUAAUUUUUGUACCAAAGAGACGCUUAUUCCUGUAUAAGAGAAACACUUAUAUAUUCAGAGAAUUGUAAUUUAAAAAUGUAUAAAAUUAAACGUAUUUCAAGUAAA